UCACGCACAGCACCGCAGAGCGUACUGGGAACGCUGUGCAAGAUGGCGACACCCAGUUUGCGCUCCCGCCUGGCCCGUUUUACGAAUCCGGGGAAGCCCGUCCUGAAACCCAACAAGCCUCUUAUCCUAGCUAACCGCGUCGGGAACAGACGCCGAGAGAAGGGCGAGGCGACCUGUAUCACGGAGAUGUCGAUGAUGAUGGCUUGCUGGAAGCAGAAUGAGUUCCGUGACGAGGCGUGCAGAAAAGAGAUCCAGGACUUCUUCGAUUGUUCUUCCAGGGCUCAGAAAGCUGGGAAGAUGAAAUCAAUCCAGGAGACUCUGGAACAGUCUGAGAGUUUACCUCCCCACAAAAUGACCAAGUUGUUACAGAGAUUUCCCAACAAAUCUCACCUCAGCUGAAAAAUGUAGAAACAUUUUCAAUGAAUUAUCAUCUCUGAAUGGUAUAGAGAGGCAUGUUAGGGAUGUUUGUGUUUGAACUACCAUGCAUUUUUGAAGGGUAAACUGAGACAAAACACUUGUUCUUGUGAAUGAUCAUGUUCUAGAUGCUAUCUUCAAAUAAAACCCUCCAAAAGAGAAA